CCCGCCCCGCAUACCCCUAAUGCCUCUGGCGCCCAGUGUAAAGCUGCAGGCUCUGGACUUUGGCCUUCGCUGUAGCUAGUGUGGGAGUCUGGCAGGCAGACGCAGCCUCUCAAGAAAGUAAAAGCAGCAGCCUCAGGCACUGUGGUGCCCGCUAGCUUUCCCCUGAGGAGCCCCCCUGAUAGGCGAGAAGCUGCUGGUGACAGAGUCUCGGCAUCACUCAGGAAGUCUGGGGCCACCAGAACUAAGCACACGGCUUUGGGCCUCGUGUCUCCGGUCACAAAGCCCAGCUCACAUUAAGAGUCCAGUAUCCCUGGUUAAGCCAAAGAGGACAACAAACAAGAAGUUCUGCGCACAGACCCGCUCGUCUGGUCAGGUGUUCGCCUCGGUCUGGGGUCUGCCCACAUCUUUGCAGAAAGGAGCCAUAGUUUAGCAAUAAUCUGCCCAGCAGACAAUUUCUCAGUCUGUUGGGUCCAGAGAAUUGCAGCCCAGGAGGACGCGGGGGGCCAGGGCUGAGGACUGGAUAAACUUUCCUGUCCAGUCUCGGCUGCCACCUGCAGGUCACUGGGGCUCCAGCCAUGUGCCUGCCUUUGCUGCUGGGCGUCUUGCUCUGGGCAGCGCUGUGGUGGCUCAGGGACCGGCAGCGCCUGCCCGCCAGCGGUGCCUUCGUCUUCAUCACGGGCUGUGACUCGGGCUUUGGGCGGCUUCUGGCGCUGAGACUGGACCAGCGAGGCUUCCGGGUCCUGGCCGGCUGCCUGACUCCCGCGGGGGCAGAGCACCUGCAGUGGGCGGCCUCCUCGCACCUCCACACCACCCUGCUGGACGUCACUGAUCCUCACAGUAUACAGCGGGCCGCCGAGUGGGUAGAGACACAGGUUGGGGAAGCAGGGCUCUUCGGCCUGGUGAACAAUGCUGGUGUGGCUGGCGUCAUCGGGCCCACGCCCUGGCUGACACGGGAGGAUUUCCAUCGGGUGCUGAAUGUGAACACGCUGGGCCCCAUCGGCGUCACCCUUGCCCUGCUGCCCCUGCUCCAGCAGGCCCGGGGCCGGAUCGUCAACAUCACCAGCGUCCUGGGCCGCCUGGCGGCCAACGGUGGGGGCUACUGUGUCUCCAAGUUUGGCCUGGAGGCCUUCUCUGACAGCCUCAGGAGGGACAUGGCUCCUUUCGGGGUACAAGUAUCCAUCGUGGAGCCCGGCUUCUUCCGAACCCCAGUGACAAACCUAGACAGUCUGGAGGAAGCCCUGCAGGCCUGCUGGGCACGGCUCCCUCCAACCACACGGGCCCGCUAUGGGGAGGCCUUCCUCACCAAGUACCUGAAAGUGCAGCGGUCCAUCAUGAGCCUCAUCUGUGACCCAGACCUCACCAAGGUGAGCAGGUGCCUGGAGCAUGCUCUGACCGCGCGACACCCGAGAACCCGCUAUAGCCCGGGCUGGGACGCUAAGCUGCUCUGGCUGCCAGCCUCCUACCUGCCAGCCAGUCUGGUGGAUGCCAUCCUCACCUGGGUUCUUCCCAGACCAGCCCAGGCAGUCUGCUGAAUCCAGGCAUGGACUUCCAUUUAUUCCUGUGCCUGCCCUGUUACUGCCUGGUACCCACACACAACUGGCACUCAAUAAACGUAGAAAGUAAAAAUACAAAAGCACUGUCAUUGGCAGAAAUGAAGGUGCUGU